ACAGCUGAAGGUAGCUGUGCAGGUGUGCAGCUGUGCGGGCGACUGCAGCGGCUGUUGCCGAGGCUGGACGAUGGACACCGCGUGCAGGGGCGUCCUCCUGGCGCUCGCGGCCGGGGCGGCGGUGGUGUGGGGCAAGACGAGCCCCGAGGAGUGCGGCCCGGCGUUCCGCGGCAAGUGCCUGUGCGGGGUCGACGACUACCAGGACCGGCUGCGCCAGUACAUCGUCAACUGCUCCGGCACCGGCUUCAAGGACACCUCCGUGCUGCAGCAUCUGCCCGCCCAGGUCCAGGUGCUGGUUUUCACCGGUAACUCCAUCCCGGAGCUGCCGUGGAACGUGUUCGGCACUCUCAACAACCUGAGCGAGCUGCGCGUGGUGGACAUGUCCAACAACGGGAUCAAGGACAUCAAGGGCAAGACCUACCACAGGGUCGCGAACGUGGAGCGGCUGGUCCUCAACAACAACGACCUGACGAUAUCCGAGUCGGGGGAGGCGCACCACCACCACCCGCGGGUGUUCUCCAACUUCGUCAACCUGAUGGAGCUGCACCUGACCGACGCCUUCGCGGACAACGUGACGGGCGACCUGGCCCAGGACCUCCACGACAUCUUCGUGAACAGCAACCUCACCAAGGUGAAGAAGCUGCACCUGGAGCAGAACGAGAUAAGCGUGUUCAAGGACCCGGACAUCUUCUGCGACCUCCCCGGCCUGAUGGACCUCCACCUCGGCGACAACCUGCUGCCGGGCAUCGGCUUCAACCUGGCGUGCCUGGGCCGCCUGCGCUUCCUGGACCUGGAGGGCAACCGCAUAUCCGGCCUGAGCGAGGGCGAGCUGGCGAUGCUGGACAGCCUGCCCGCCCGCAACCAGUCGGUGGUGGUGGACCUGGGCGACAACCCCCUGCCGUGCGACUGCUCCGUGCGGCGGCUGUACACCUGGCUGCAGACGACGCGCGUGCAGGUGCGCAACAAGGACGCGCUCCGCUGCCGCGGCGGCGUGGUUCAGUGCGAGCCGCGCUCCGACGCCUCGUCGUCCGCGGGGUCCCACUACGUCUCCAACGUCAUCCUCGGCCUCAUGUUCACCACCGUCGUCCUGCUCGGCGCCGCGGCGGCCUUCGUGUACCGCGCCGAGCUCAACAAGUUCGCACGGCCCAUAAAGGACUCUGUUUCCCGCAAAAUCCAGUACACGUCCAUCGGGAAGCCGGAAGACCAGGAGAUGGAGGUGAUCAAGAUUCGUAGCGACCCCACACCCGUCCCAGUCUGAGCCGACACCAGCACGCAGACUUAAAAAAAAAUAAAGGUAGCUCGUAAAAGAGUGCACAAUGAAAUUUGGCUGUGGAAAUGGAUUACCUAUUUGAGGUAAUGUUUUUUUUUAUGUAUGUGAAAAAAAUUGCCCCAAAUAACUCAAGUGGUGUUUGUGUUUGACCGCUGCAGCCUCUUGGCUAAGCCUCGUUAUCGUCUUCCACACUCCAUUCCAUCAAGACUGAUAACCUUGAAUGUUCGUCGAUAGGGGGGGGGGGGGGGGGAAGACAAUAGGCUUAUACAUAGCUAAUUGAAUAUGUAAUUAAUGCAUUUCAAGUAAAACUGUAACUUUAAUUAUUUAUUUCUAUUGACUAAAAACAUUGUGAAAUGGCACUGAGACAUUUUUUACUAUGGAAUAUUUAAUAUAUAUUAUAUUACAUAUAUAAUCAUGUUAAUGCACUAACAUCCUGGAAGACUUAAAACUGGGUGAUAUCAGAAUGAUUGAUAAUUAACAAGAUCAGCAAAUGUUCUUAUAAUUUACAUUGUUAAUUUAACACUAUUCAGUAACAUUAUGUUGUAGAAAAUUACCCUGAAAGAUAUAGUACAUUAGGUAAUCAAUGUAAAUUUUUAAUCUGAAAAAAAAAAAAAAUUGGAUAAAGGUUUUAUAUAAAUAGAGAAGUGAGUCUUUUAGUACUCGCUGGUAAUGUGCAACAUCUAACCUCGGUAAUACGCAAUCCUGGUUACUGAGUAAAGUUAUAAACAUUUUUUUUUACUCUUAUGUAAUUUUUCCUCACACUUACGCUGCCUAUCUUAUCACUCCAGGAAAUUAUGUUUUAUAAUCAAUACAUUAAUUUUGUAAGUACCAAUUUUAAAACAAUAUCAAUUACCGAAAUUUAUUAAUACUUUAUAAAAAAAAAAUAACUUCCAGGAAUGACUUUGUAUAGCAAAAUAGUAGGUAUGAUCACAGCAUGUAUUUUAAUACAACACUUAAAAAAAUUAUUGAAUUUAUACAUAUAUACAUUAUUUUUUUUCACGACUUAUUUAUAAUGUAUUAGAACAGCCACAUAGCAAUGUGUCCCACUGUGUAAGACUACUGUUAGUGUAACGAAUGAUGAACAGCUGCACAUUCUCUCUCUUUCACUCUUUCUCUUUGAAAGCCAUGGAAAUGUUUGCGCUCGCUGACGCACUGCAGCACAAGUGCCAACUGCAGGCAGCACCGAAAAAUUGUAUGGCGCGCGCUUUUCCCUGCUUCUUCUUACACAUUUCUAUUGCAUUCACGAAAUUACUCCCACCAAAUGCCAUAUACAGAGAGCCAAGAUGUUACACAUAAAAAAAAAAAAUCAACCCUAACUUUUUUGUGUAUUCUUGCAUGGUAUCACUGUAUCAAAAAUGUUUUACAAUUGCACCAAAUACCAAUGCAAAUCAUCUUCCAAAAUGAUGUUCCUCUUGGAUACUGCAUUCUGCUGUUAAAAUCAGUACAGUGAAAUCUCCUGUAAAAACCUACUAAUAAAGUUCUUAAUAAAAAUAUUUUAUACUGAACUGUAUUAAAUGUCAAACACAUUGUAGAUACUUUUUAGAAAGGUUUCACAAUUUGUAUUUUUUUUCAAGCUGAUCAGUGUUUAGUGCUCAAAUGUUUUUAAGUGUACAUUCGAGGAUAACAAACAUUUUAUUUAUGUAAUAUUUAUUAGAGGUAUUGUGGCUAGUGUUUGGUGCUUAUAAUUUUUAAUAUGUUGUAGCAUUUUAAGUUUUCAGGAGACUAUUUGCAUUUUUACAUUGUCUUAUCACUUUUAUAUGCUUUGUUUUUGUUGCAAGAAAUAAAACCUGUGCAAACACUAACUGACAAGUACAUUAAAAAAUAUGUAAAUCUUUGGUUAAUGCAUUUCCUGGCGAACGUGACUUGUACCAUUUAGAUGUAGUGGCACUGGACUGACAGACAUGGCUAUAAACACUUGUAAAUUGGUGCAAAAAAUAUAUUUUGAACACUAUUA